ACAGAAAAAAAUGACUUUGUGUGGGAAUUUUCUGAAAUGCCAACUGUUCCCUACAGUCCAACUACAUCACCUAGGAUUGUGAAGAGUACAAGAGCCGCAACGACCACAUGGAUAUCCGGUAAAACAACAGGCCCCACCAAAAGAAAUGAUCAAACAACUACCGCAAUAAUCAGUACAGCAACAGAAACAAAAAGCACAACAAUAGCUGGGACAACAAAUCUUGUUUCCACUACAACAGCUGCAACAACUAUGACAACUCCCUCAACUACAACAAAUUCUAUAACUACCAUAAAAACCGUAUCACCCACAUCUGUACCCACAUCCACAGCCAUUGACACAACCACUGCUAAAACCACAACAACUACUGGCCUAUCUACAACACUGGAAAAAACAACUACUGCAAUAAGCAGUACAGCAACAGAAACAAAAAGCACAACAUCAGCUGGGACAACAAAUCUUGUUUCCACUAUAACAGCUGCAAGAACUAUGACAACUCCCUCAACUACAACAAAUUCUAUAACUACCAUAAAAACCGUAUCACCCACAUCUGUACCCACAUCCACAGCCAUUGACACAACUACUGCUGAAACCACUACAACUACUGGGCUAUCUACAACACCGGAGGGAACAACAACUGCUGUAAGUACCAAAGGAGCACAAUCAACAAGCAGAACUUUACCAGGGACAACAUAUCCUGCAACUAGUACAACAGUUGCAAGAACAAUGACAUAUCCACAUCCUACAACUGAUUCUGGAACCACAACAAGAACAGCAUCAACCACAUCAGUGCCCACCACUAGAGUAUCAUCGACAACAACUGCUUUUAGCACAACUACAACUGAACCGACUACAAGUCCUACCCAAACAAAAACAAGUGAAACAACAGGACCUUCUGUUAGCAGUACAGGAACUGCAAUAACAACAAUGACAUCAUCUGGGACAACAAAUCCUGCAUCCAGUACAACAGAUACAACAAGCACACUUGCCCCACAUACAACAGUAUCUGAAACUACGACAACAAUUGUGCCAUCCACGUCUGUCGCCACUACAAUGACACCUUACAAAAUCACAACCAUUGGGACAAUGACUGCUGAAACAACCACAACUUCUGCGCUUACCGUAACAUCUGAACUACCAACUACUGCUAUAAGCAGUACACUAACAAAAACAAAAAGCAAAACAUUAGCUGGGACAACAAAUCUUGUUUCCACUACAAUAGCAGCAACAACGAUGACAACUGCACCAACUACAACAAAUUCUAUAACUACCACAAAAACCGUAUCAACCACAUCUGUACCUACAUCCAUAGCCAUUGACACAACGACUGCUAAAACCACUACAACUACUGGCCUAUCUACAACACUGGAAAGAACAACUACUGCUAUAAGCAGUACAGCAACAGAAACAAAAAGCAAAACAUUAGCUGGGACAACAAAUCUUGUUUCCACUACAACAGCUUCAACAACUAUGACAACUCCCUCAACUACAACAAAUUCUAUAACUACCAUAAAAACCGUAUCACCCACAUCUGUACCCACAUCCACAGCCAUUGACACAACUACUGCUGAAACCACUACAACUACUGGGCUAUCUACAACACCGGAGGGAACAACAACUGCUGUAAGUACUACAGGAGCACUAUCAACAAGCAGAACUUUACCUGCGACAACAUAUCCUGCCACUACUACAACAGUUGCAAGAACAAUGACAUCUCCACAUCCUACAACUGAUUCUGGAACCACAACAAGAGCAGCAUCAACCACAUUUGUGCCCACCACUAGAGUAUCAUCGACAACAACUGCUUUUAGCACAACUACAACUGAUCCGACUUCAAAUCCUACCCAAACUAAAACACGGGAAACAACAGCAGCUUCUGCUAGUAGUACAGGAACUGCAAUAACAACAAUGACAUCAUAUGGGACAACGAAUCCUGCAUCCAGUACAACAGAUACAACAACAAGAAAACUUGCAUCACACACAACAGUUCCUGAAACUCUGACAACAAUUGCGCCAUCCAGGACUGUCGCCACUACAACGACAUCUUACAGAAGCACAACCAUUGGGACAAUGACUGCUGAAACAACCACAACUCCUGCGCCAACCUCAACAUCUGAACUACCUACUACUGCUAUAAGCAGUACAGCAACAGAAACAAAAAGCACAACAUUACCUGGGACAACAAAUCUAGCUUCCACAGCUUCAACAACUAUGACAACUGCACCAACUACAUCAAAUACUAUAACUAUGACAAGAACCGUAUCAACCACAUCUGUACCCACAUCCACAGCCAUUGACACAACGACUGCUAAAACCACAACAACUACUGGCCUAUCUACAACACUGGAAGGAACAACUACUGCUAUAAGCAGUACAGCAACAGAAACAAAAAGCACAACAUUAGCUGGGACAACAAAUCUUGUUUCCACUACCACAGCUGCAACAACUAUGACAACUCCCUCAACUACAACAAAUUCUAUAACCACCAUAAAAACCGUAUCACCCACAUCUGUACCCACAUCCACAGCCAUUGACACAACUACUGCUGAAACCACUACAACUACUGGGCUAUCUACAACACCGGAGGGAACAACAACUGCUGUAAGUACUACAGGAGCACUAUCAACAAGCAGAACUUUACCUGCGACAACAUAUCGUGCCACUACUACAACAGUUGCAAGAACAAUGACAUCUCCACAUCCUACAACUGAUUCUGGAACCACAACAAGAGCAGCAUCAACCACAUUUGUGCCCACCACUAGAGUAUCAUCGACAACAACUGCUUUUAGCACAACUACAACUGAACCGACUACAAGUCCUACCCAAACUAACACAGGUGAAACAACAGCAGCUUCUGCUAGUAGUACAGGAACUGCAAUAACAACAAUGACAUCAUCUGGGACAACGAAUCCUGCAUCCAGUACAACAGAUACAACAAGCACACUUGCCUCACAUACAACAGUAUCUGAAACUCCGACAACAAUUGUGCCAUCCACGUCUGUCGCUACUACAACGACAUCUUUCAGAAGCACAACCAUUGGGACAAUGACUGCUGAAACAACCACAACUCCUGCGCCAACCUCAACAUCUGAACUACCUACUACUGCUAUAAGCAGUACAGCAACAGAAACAAAAAGCACAACAUUACCUGGGACAACAAAUCUAGCUUCCACAGCUUCAACAACUAUGACAACUGCACCAACUACAUCAAAUACUAUAACUAUGACAAGAACCGUAUCAACCACAUCUGUACCCACAUCCACAGCCAUUGACACAACGACUGCUAAAACCACAACAACUACUGGCCUAUCUACAACACUGGAAGGAACAACUACUGCUAUAAGCAGUACAGCAACAGAAACAAAAAGCACAACAUUAGCUGGGACAACAAAUCUUGUUUCCUACAACAGCUGCAACAACUAUGACAACUCCCUCAACUACAACAAAUUCUAUAACCACCAUAAAAACCGUAUCACCCACAUCUGUACCCACAUCCACAGCCAUUGAC